AAUCACAAUACUGAUCAAGCGACAUUUUCAUUUUCAUAUCUGAAUCUGAAGUGUAUCGAAAACCGUAACCUCUCUUACGAUCAUAUGAUUUACACAUCUCGAUAAUAGUUCAAAUAGAGUUUAGCAUUUCAUUAAUAAAAUAAAAUGCCGAAAAAGAAAACUGGUCAAAGAAAGAAAGCCGAGAAGCAGAAACUUCGGCAAAAAGAAAUCAGAGCUGCUAAGGAACAAGUAGACUUGGCAAAAUUUCCUUGCAACUCUGUCAUGGAAUGUGACAAGUGUAAUAAGAAGCAAAAGAGUCGAGCCUUCUGCUACUUUUGUCAGAGUAUACAACGUUUGCCCAUGUGUGCACAUUGUGGCAAGAUCAAGUGCAUGUUGAAAACAGGAGAUUGUGUAGUACGCCAUCCUGGCAUCUUCACCACAGGAUUAGGAAUGGUGGGAGCCAUAUGUGAUUAUUGCGAAGCUUGGGUUUGCCAUGGAAGACGUUGUCUCACCAGUCAUGCUUGCAUUUGUCCACUGACGGAUGCCAUUUGUCAGGAAUGUGAGAGAGGAGUUUGGGAUCAUGGUGGAAGGAUAUUCAAAUGCUCAUUUUGUGAUUGCUUUUUAUGCGAGGAUGAUCAAUUUGAGCAUCAAGCAUCUUGCCAAGUAUUGGAAGCGGAAAAUUUCAAAUGUCAAUCAUGUAACCGUUUGGGACAAUAUUCCUGUCUCAGAUGUAAAACUUGCUAUUGUGAAGAUCAUGUUCGUAGAAAAGGUUUUAAAUAUGAAAAAAAUAAGGCUAUUCCAUGCCCAAAAUGCAGCUAUGAGACAUCCCAAACUAAAGAUUUAAGCAUGUCCACAAGGAGCCACAAAUUUGGUAGACAAAAUCAAGGUGGUCCAUCUGAAUCUGAUGAUGAAAAUGAAUAUGAUUAUGGAAAUCAAGAUUCUUGCUUUGCUAGUACUUAUACCAAUAACGAUGAAGACAAUGAAAAUGAUGAUGAUGAUGACGAUGAUGAUGAUGAUUACGAUGAUGACGAAGAUGAUGAUGAUGAAGAUGGUGAUAAUGAUGAAGAAUUAUCAAGUACAGAUGAAGAAGAAAAAGAUACUAACAUACAACAGGCUUCAAAUAGUAAUAAAAAUAAAGCUUAACACAUAUAUUUCAAGAUACAUAAAAUAGCAAUAAUUGAGAAUAAAAUGUUAAUUGUCA